AUAAUAAAAAUAGAAGAACGGAAAAAAAAACAAAUAAUUUAUUAUUAAAUAAAAUAAAAUUCAUAAAUUAAUAAAAUUAAUAUAUAAAAAUUAAAAUAAAGAAAACAAAAUGAAAGUUUUAAUCAUUUUAGGACUUGUUCUAUCUGUUAUAAUUCAAAUUGCAUUCUCAUUAAAAUGUUAUGAAUGCAUAAAUUUCAAGGAUAGCGAUUGUGGUGCUAAAUUUAAUAAAAAUGAAGUGAAAGCAAAAGAUUGUAAUAAGGAAUGUGUUAAAGCAACUUAUACAUAUUUAGGAAGUGAUUUUUAUCAUCGUAAAUGUGAUGAUGCAUCAAUUUGUAGUAAUUGGAAAGCUGAUGAUACAACAAAGAAUUUAAAAUGUUCAACAUGUAAAACAGAUUUAUGUAAUGAUGGUGAAGUAUAAUGGUGUGAAUUGUAGCAGACGUUCAUAUAUUUUAUAAGGAUAACGACACUGAUAGUUAAUAUUGAUUUUACAAGAAACAAUAAUAAUAAUUAUAUUUUUAAUAUAAUAAUGUAAAGAAUUUAUUUAUAUAAUUUUGCGUAUGAAUAAUAUAAAAAAUUUAUU